AAGGCCACAUAACUAUCCAUUUUAAUGCGUAUAUGAAGUUGGAGACCAGAUCAGUUAGGAAACAUGGGUAGGAAGCCACUUUUUAAACCCUAAUGCUGCUUCACGGUGUUGCAAGCGGAAGAGGUUUCCCCGAGAAAGCUAAGCUAACAAGCUUGCUAACUUUGUAAGUGUGUGACAUCGUCACGGAUUGGUAUUUCAUUCCAUUUUUAUAACACACAAUUCGAUACGGACAAAACAGGACUGAUUUAACAAAGCCUGUUCGUUUGGGAAUAUGCCUAAGAAUAAAGGUAAGGGAGGAAAGAAUCGGCGACGUGGUAAAAAUGAGAAUGAAUCAGAAAAGAGAGAGCUGGUAUUCAAAGAGGAUGGCCAAGAAUAUGCACAGGUGAUUAAGAUGUUGGGUAAUGGACGACUGGAAGCUAUGUGUUUUGAUGGAGUCAAGCGACUAUGCCACAUCCGAGGAAAGCUACGGAAAAAGGUUUGGAUCAACAGUUCAGACAUCAUCCUGGUGGGACUUCGAGAUUACCAGGUAAUAAUUAUGAGAGACAAAAAUCAGCAAUGGUUUGUAUUUUUGAAUGAUAAUGAUAAUACAUUGCAUUCUUCCUUAAAGGACCAAAAGGCUGAUGUUAUCCUGAAGUACAAUGCAGAUGAGGCCAGGAGUUUGAAGGCCUAUGGGGAGCUUCCUGAACAUGCUAAAAUCAAUGAGACCGACACGUUUGGACCUGGUGAUGACGAGGACAUUCAGUUUGAUGACAUUGGAGAUGACGACGAGGACAUUGAUGAUAUCUGAAUCAGGACUAUUGUGUGCCACAUCAUUUACGCAGAGGAAAGUGGACAUUUCUAUAAUACUUGCCAACAGCGCCCUGUUUCCUCAAGUCAGUUGAGACUGCUUAAGACCUGGAAUCUGUCAACUGAGAACAUCAUCACACCUACUUCAGUUCACACUUCAUAUUUUUGUUAUAGGUGUAAUAUAUUUAUAUUUUAUUCCAUCUCAUGUGGAAUAUAGGCUCAAAUUACAGAACACCAGAAUUUAAAAUAAAAAAACUGAAAUAAA